GCAGAGGAGCGGGCGGGCGAUGGGAGACGCCGCUCCGGCGGGAUAGAGGGGCGGAGACGGGGGCACCCCCGGGGCCCGGCCCGCCCGGGGCUCGCCUUGGGCCCGCACAGAUGCUGGUGCACAGCUACCCGGGCAUGGACCGCGCCGAGGGGCUGCCCGGGGCGUCUGCCGGGGCCCGCCUGCCGCAGCUGCCCGCUCUCAACCAGACGCCCUACGGCUCGGCUCCGCCGCUCUGCCACACGCCCGCCGCCGACUUCCAGCCGCCCUACUUCCCCCCGCCGUACCCGCAGCCGCCGCUGCCCUACCCGCAGGGCCAGGAGCCCGCUUACCCGCACCUGGCCGACCCGUACGCGGCUCUCAGCCCGCUGCAUCAGCACCAGCAGCCCGCCUGGCCCCCGCAACGCUCCCGGCAGGACGACGCGGGGCUGCUUUCGCAGACGCACCGAGCUCUGGGGCUCGACCCCCGCCGCGAGUACCCCGCCGUGCCCCGACUGCUCCACGGGCUGCCCGACGGCGGGCACGGCCUCCCCGACGGCCCGCUGGGCCUGCACGGCCUCGGGCACCACGGCCUCGAGGAGAUCCAGGCAGCGGACGACGGCGGGAUGAACCUGCUCGAUCAGUCCGUCAUCAAGAAAGGCUGGCUCAGGUGCUCCGAUCACCUGCUGCUUGCGGGAGCGGGGAAGCAGCAACUGAAGAUCGAGGGGGACUUUUGGUUUACUCAGAUGACAAGAGACAAUUUUGCUUCCCCCAAAGCCAAGGAAACAAAGCUGUCAGGCUUUAAUGGUAGCUUGUCUCCCUCCUGCAGCAUGUUUAUGGGCAAACAAGCUGCAGAGCAGACCAGGCAAACUGCAGUGCCCAUCCCCUCGAAGGCCAACGGCACCAUUCCCUCCCUGAUGAACAAGGACGGGCUGAUCGGAGGGGUGACGAACCCCAACGAGGUCUUCUGCUCGGUGCCCGGCCGCCUCUCGCUGCUCAGCUCCACCUCCAAGUACAAGGUGACGGUGGGGGAGGUGCAGAGGCGGCUCUCGCCCCCUGAGUGCCUCAACGCCUCCCUCCUCGGCGGGGUCCUGCGCAGAGCAAAAUCAAAAAACGGGGGUCGGUGUUUAAGGGAAAGGUUAGAGAAAAUCGGCCUCAAUCUACCUGCAGGACGGCGCAAAGCUGCCAACGUCACCCUGCUGACGUCGCUGGUGGAAGGUGAAGCCGUCCACCUGGCCCGGGAUUUUGGCUACGUAUGUGAAACAGAGUUCCCAGCCAAAGCAGCAGCAGAGUACCUGUGCCGACAGCACUCCGACCCCACGGAGCUCCACACCAGGAAGAACAUGCUGCUGGCCACCAAGCAAAUUUGCAAAGAGUUUGCAGACUUGAUAGCGCAGGACCGCUCACCGCUGGGGAACAGCCGCCCCUCGCUGAUCCUGGAGCCGGGAGUGCAGAGCUGUCUGACUCAUUUCAGCCUCAUCACCCACGGCUUCGGCGGCCCGGCCAUCUGCGCAGCACUCACGGCCUUCCAGAACUACCUGGUGGAGUCCCUCAAAGGGCUGGAUAAAAUGUUCAUCAGCAGCACAGGGAACGGGCACACGGCCGGAGACUCCAAAGCGUCAGAGAAGGAAGGGAAGCAUCGGAAGUGAGGUGCAGACCCCAUCCCCUGCCUGGGGAGCUCCCACCGCCCGAGGAAGGGCAGCAGUGCCGGGAGGACGCGGCGCUUUCUGAACUGCUCCAUUCGAACUGGGGGGUGAAACUCACAAUGCAAGCAACAAAAGGAGAGAAACACAUUGAGAAUUAGGAGGAAGAAAACAACUCUGACCGACGUGGCGAGGAGGAGAAAAUGAGCCAGUUUGAUGGCUUCUUAGUUGUGCUUUUUUUGUUUUUUUAACUUUUAAGUCACGGAUGCAGGAAGCCAAGUCAUGUGCAAUUUUUUUUUCUUCCCCUUUUUAAGCCCAUAAUAAAAUCCUGACACGCUCCAGGAGUUUGUUCUGAGCAAAGAACUGAUCAGAGCGAACAACAGCCGCCCCAAUGCCAGGAGUGGGGGCACGAGCGGCAGAGGGCAUAGAGCUGUGCUUGGAUCUGUCAGCUGGCUGCGAUGGGCAACCAAGCUGACCCAAGCAACCUUCCUAUUUCUUCCUAUUCCCCCACCUACAGCCCUGCCCUAAAGCCAGGCCGGGACAAAACCUCCAGCUUCAGGUUUGAAGCAGUUUCAGGCUUCAUUUUGCAGAGCCCCCGCGAUGCUCCCAGCGGGGACAAAGCAGGAACACCAAGCCCAGGACUUGCUGCAACUCCACAACCUACAGAGAACAGCACACACGUUUUUAAAGCUAUUAUUAUUAUUAAUAAUAAUGAAUUAAGCACAAGGAGCAGAACUUGAACCAGGCCAAACUGAACUGUUCUAAAUCUGUAUAUAUUUAUUUAUGUGUAAUUAAAUCUGAAAGUUUUAAAAUGUCCAGUGCGAGUUAUUUAUAUCAAAUUGAGUUGGUUAUUUGGUUUGGUUUUGUUUUCUUUUUCUUUUUUUUUUUUUUCCUUUUUGAAAGAUGGACAUCUCUGGUCUUUCUGCCAUUAGAAAUGGGAAUGAAGUUUUGGAUACACAGAACUGUAGCAUGGAUGAGAUAGGCUGUGAUAACGAUAGAAGUUCUGCAGGAUUUUGUACUUGCUGUUGUUUCUCUUAAUGCUGCAAUAGAUGUACAACACCCGCACCGCAGUGUCAUUCUCAUUACCUGAAUAAACCUCUUUUUAUUUGAA